GACAUGCAUUGUUUGGGGGGCUGGAGCACUCGGCGCCCUCCCUUUUGAGUGACAGACAUUUGAUGCAACCGUAUUUUGCUUAGUAUGCGAGUCUCCGUGAUUGAGGUCGAACGACCCAAUGAGAAACGGCUGCAUGACUUUUUAACGAACGUAGCCAUUUUACGGCCCAAUCCUAGUUUAGAAACAAGGCGGGACUUAGCGUUACCAAGGCAAGUCUGAGUGAAGUAUAAAGGGAAUAACAUGGUGUCCCAGUGGCUGUUUAUGUUUACUUAGUUUAAAGAACAGAUUUGAAAGGGCGUUUUGCAGCACAGUACGGAUUUUUCUUGGUCGUUUAACAGCUUUUGUACUUUAGGUUUUAUGUUAAGAUUUACAAGGCCAUAGUGGCAUGUAAAUCUCCUAUUUCACUAAUGUGCCAGUCUUACAAAUGGAAAGGGGGCUUCACUUUGGAAACGUGAGCAUUUCCCUGGUGCUCCUGCUGUUGCUCAAAGCUCUCAUCGGAUUCGGGACUUCGCAAGCUCAGGGCUCCGCCAUCGGCAGGGACCCACAGUCCGCCACCCGGGCAGCGGCUGCGACCUCGGUGGAAGAUGGUUCAAGAGUCAUGGAGCGGGGCUUGGACAGCUUAGGCGCCCCGGUCACUGGAGCAGACGUUACGGUGGAGGACGACGAGAACGGGUCGACGGGGGAGGCGGAUGACUUCUAUGGAGAAAGUACCGGAAACGUCCGAGCCGCGAGGUCGCUUGUGAUCAUCAGUACCCUGGAUGGACGGAUCUCUGCUCUGGAUCCACACAACCAGGGCAGGAAGCAGUGGGACCUGGAUGUGGGCUCCGGCUGCCUGGUGUCCUCCAGCCUCAGCAAACCAGAGGUGUUUGGAAACAAGAUGGUCAUCCCUUCGCUGGACGGUGCCUUGUUCCAGUGGAACCGGGACAGGGAGACAAUGGAAGCAGUGCCUUUCAGUGUGGAGUCCUUGCUGGAGUCGUCCUACCGGAUCGGAGAGGACACGGUCCUGGUUGGGGGCAAAUCCCUCACUACCUAUGGCCUGGGGGCUUACAGCGGAAAGCUGCGGUACAUCUGCUCUGCGGUGGGCUGCAGCCGCUGGGGGGAGGAUGAGAUGGAGGCGGAAGACGUGCUCCUGCUGCAGAGGACUCAGAAAACUGUGCGAGCCAUCAGGCCUCGGUCAGGGAUGGAGAAGUGGAACUUCAGUGUUGGGAACUUUGAGCUUAGGCUUCUUCCGGAGUCCCAGUCUGGGAUGAACUUCCUCGAGGGAGACGUGGCAAACGGAGACACCUGGAGGGAGAGUCAGCGGGUCAUCAGCGAGGAACCAACAGAGGCAGAGCACACGGAGAACCAGCAAAACCAGAAUCUGGACCUCGUUAUUAAGGUGUCGGUCCCCGAUUGGAAGGUCAUGGCCUUCAGCACCGAGCAUGAUGGACAGGUGGUCUGGGAGCAUCAGUUCUGCACACCCAUUGCCUCGGCCUGGCUGGUGGGUGGAGGGAAAGUCACACCAAUCAGCCUGUUCGAUGACACCACCUACAGCAACCAGGCAGAAACCGAUGACGAGGAGGAUGAUGGCGACGUGAAGGCCAGAGGUGCUGCUGAGUCCAGCGUGUACUUGGGCAUGUUUCAGGGCCAGCUCUACCUCCAGUCCUCAGUGAGGAUCAGUGAAAAGUUCCCCUCUACAGCCAUUGGAUCACAGAAGGACAUAAUUCCUCUACCUACCGUGAAAUGGAAGCCUCUAAUCCAUUCCCCAUCUCGGACGCCAGCCCUGGUCGGCUCUGAUGAGUUUGACAAGUGUUUGAACAACGACAAGUUCUCGCACGAGGAGUACAGCAACGGAGCCUUAUCCAUCCUUCAGUAUCCAUACGACAACGGCUACUACUUCCCCUAUGGCAAGCGUUAUCGAGGGAAACGCGACAGCGCCGUGAGCCUGAUCAAAGGAAACAAGGCGGGGGCUGACAGCCGCAGGAGGAAGGACCCGGUUCUGCUUCUGCCCUGGUGGAAGGAAAUCCUCGGCACCAUCGUCUUCUGUAUCGCCGCCACCACCUACAUCGUCCGCAAGUUCUUCCACCCCCCCGCCCCUGUGGCCUACGUGAGGCAGCGGAAAGAGUCGGAGACGCAGUGUCAGACGGACAGCAAGUUUGACCUCGAGGUUGUGGAAUCCAAAGAGCCGGUUUCUAUGGAGACUCGUUCCAGCGAAUACGUAUCCAGGUACCUGACUGACUUUGAGCCGGUGCAGUGCCUCGGCCGCGGGGGGUUCGGAGUUGUGUUCGAAGCCCGCAACAAAGUGGACGACUGCAAUUACGCCAUCAAAAGAAUCCGUCUGCCCAACAGAGAACUGGCCCGGGAGAAGGUGAUGCGAGAGGUGAAGGCCCUGGCCAAGCUGGAGCACCCGGGGAUUAUCCGCUACUUCAACGCCUGGCAGGAGAGCCCUCCUGAGGGUUGGCAGGAGGAGCAGGAUCAGAGGUGGCUAAAAGACACCAGUACCACAGACUGGCCUGUGAGCUUUCUCGACCACAUGGAGGCGCUGUCGGUUAAAGUGCCCGUGUCCAGCUCGGUCUCACCCGUCUGUGGGACAGGAGGAGACGUCCUGGAGUCCUCCGUUGACGCACGUGUGCUGCUCUCCAGCAGUACUGUAGGUUUUGGCGUCGAUGACGGAGACCUGUCCUUCCACCCGCUCCUCGGCCACGACAGCCUGAUGUCCGAGCGCGACAGCCAGGCCGACCCCGACGCCUCGGACCCCCCUCACUCCUUUGAGCUAUGCUCCCCUCGCGGCCCCUGCGACUGCACCUCCUCUUCCUUCGACAUUGUGUUCGAGGACUCUGGCUGCGACCGCGAUGCGGACGCGGACACGGAUUCGGUGUCCGGCGCAGCCAGUCCGGCCACGGUGACGGAGAAGAACAGCUCGUCUUCCUCGCACACCAAACUACAGGAGUCUGUCCCAGCCUCCUCAUCCUCUCCGCCCCGUCCGACUUCACUUACCCUGCCUCCAGCCACAUCUCCUCCAACACGGCGGGCACAGCCUUCUCCCAAGGUUUACCUCUACAUCCAGAUGCAGCUCUGUCGAAAGGAGAACCUGAAGGACUGGAUGGCUGAACGCUACCUCCCAGACCACAGGGAGCACAACCAGUGUCUGGAUAUUUUCCUCCAAAUUGCAGAGGCAGUGGAUUUCCUGCACAGCAAGGGGCUCAUGCACAGGGACCUCAAGCCUUCCAACAUCUUCUUCACUAUGGAUGACGUCGUCAAGGUGGGAGACUUUGGCCUGGUGACAGCCAUGGACCAGGAGGAAGACGAUGAGGAGACGAGUGCCCUGACGCCCGCACCACUGCUGACCCGUCACACAGGCCAGGUCGGCACCAAGCUCUACAUGAGCCCAGAGCAGCUGUCUGGAAACUCUUACUCUCACAAAGUGGACAUUUACUCUCUGGGACUGAUCCUGUUUGAGCUGCUGUAUCCUUUCAGGACCCAGAUGGAGAGAGUGAGGACACUGACAGAGGUGAGAAAGCUGCUCUUCCCAGAGGUUUUCUCCAAAAACAACGUUCAGGAGCUGAGCAUGGUGCGCAGCAUGCUGUCGCUGAGCCCCAGCGAGCGUCCUGAAGCAGCCGACAUCACAGGGACCCCCCUCUUCCAGGAGCUGGAGCUGCCUAGCAGACUGGCAGUGAGGCAGCGCUCCCGCACAUACAGCGCCUCCUCUAUGGGACGCCCGUCACGCCAGACAUCGACUACCUGACGACCCCACGACACGAUGUAUAACCUCUGUUCUACGAUCCUCCUUCUGUCGUCCCCCCUGCUGGUCUGCUGCCCAAACGAAACACCACAGCCCCGCUCCGACAUCACACACUGCCUCAGACAGGUUCACUUUAAUGCCAAGUACAAGAAAUGUGCAGGAAUUUAUCCCUGAGACAAAAUCCUGCACAAAUACUGUUGCUUGGCAAAUUCACAUGCCGUUAAAUGUUCGCACGCCAUUAUAUUACUCAUGGUCCCAAUUUUAACCACACUUACACUUCACUUACAAGUGUAAGUGUAUUUUAAAAGUGAAAGCCGUUCUAUAUCAGAUGAUCAGACUUGGCUCAGGAGGUACUUGCAAAUAAUUUUUGGAAGUUAUUCUGAGUGGCUCUAAGUGCCAGAUGGGCAGUGUUGACUGCAGCCUUUCUGCUCUGUGUGAACUAAGCUGCAGUCCUCACAUUGUAGCUACAUGAUUUUAUAAUAAUGUUUAUAUGUAAUGUCUUAAACACCUGGCAUUUCCUCACUUUUACAUGAGCAUCCGAGUACUCUGAGAUGGCUGAGUGUAAAGAAAUACUGAUUUGAAAAAGAUUUGAUCCCUGUCUGGUCACAACAUGCUGCUUGUCCCCAACAUUUAGCCAGUGUUCACUCACCCAUGCUACACCUCAGGUAUCACAACCAAGAGGAGACUCCAAGGGACCUUUGAAGCUUGAUCAUCCCAUCUACUAGUGACCAGUACUAAUCACUGGUACGAGCACUAACUUGGUGUUCUGACACCUGAUAUGCCUGAUUUGGGAGACCAAAAAAGACCAUCUUUUUCCUAUGUCUUUUUUUAAUAAUAUAAGGUGAUGUAUUGCAUAGAGAGGAAUUUAUGAAUCCAGUUGAUAAGAUACAGUUUGCCUUUAGAAAGGGACCUAUGGCCCCCUAUGGAUGAAUGCAGAGCCUUUGGCUCCUGUCUUGCAUGCAUCUGAUAGGGAAAUGAAGGGGUGAGUGUGAGUUUCUUGAAGCCAGUACUUGGACGCAGUUUUUCUGUGUGUAAAUUAAUACAACGAUUCUGAGGUGCUUAAUCACUUUCCAACACCUCCUCUUUGUCCACUGUACAUAAUUUUGCUUAGUUCCUUGAGAAGAUACAUUUGGUCAAUCCUGUAUAUAAUGUAGGGCGCCGUUGCUUGUAAAUGGCUUUUUCAUGAGGCAACUGUAAGAUAUAAUAUAGUUGGGGAGAGGAAACAAAGAGGAGCCGAUCUCUGCCAUUAACAGAUAGCUGAAUGUUACAGUGUGACCUCCAGAGACAGAAUAAUGGUGGUCACCGCCUAUAGCUGGUGGAACUUGUUUUCAGUGUUUGUUUUCACACAUUUGGGGACCACGCGGAGGGGGUUGCGCUGCUUUGAGCACUGGAGGAAAGCCGAAGGACCAGAGUGCCAUUUGAAAGUCAGUUUAAGUGUACUUUUCUCUAACUAUUAACUCACCUCACAUUUUUUGUAGUUGUACAACUGUGCUCCAAACCCCAUCCAGCUGGUUUUCCUGCUGAGGCACCCAGAGCUGAGGUCUGCCACUCUCCCAUAGUGCAGGAAAAAUAGCAUUUAGUCAGAAAGGCGAUACUGUUUUCUCCCCUCUAGAUUGUCUACUGUGAACUGGACCUGAUGGUGGUCAUAUGAUCCACGUAAACUUUGGUUAAUGGACAUAAGAAGUGCUGGGGGAGUCACAUGACAUAAGAAGUGCUGGGGGAGUCACAUGACCUGUGACACAUUCAAACUGCUACACACAUUCAAACUGCUAACUGUAAUGUGCUUUCAAUGAUUGUACUUUUCUAAGAACUUCUUUCUCUUUUUUUAUCAAGUGCAGUUUUUUGAAUACACUGCAGGGUUUUUUGAUUACUGUAAUUUACAGGAAGUCCAACAGAUUUGUUUGUUUGUCCGUCCACUCAUCCCACCAAAGAUGAGUCAUCCUCUCAUAAUAGUUAACUUUACAAACUGUACUCCCACCACCAUAGCGGUGGAAAAUGACAGAUUUUGACAUAUGUGACAUAUCCUCUAAUUACAGAGGAAUAAUGUGAAACUUCAUGCUGCAAAAUCUUCUCAAAAUUUGCUUUGGUAAAGGUACAGCAUGUAGUACUGUUACUAAAGUCCUUUGCUGUCUGAAUAAAGGACCGGACGAAAAGUUUAUAACACUAAAGUUUGAUAUUUCAAAGGAAUCUUCACGAUCUGGGGUAAAUCUUCCUUUGCAGAAAAUAAACUGAAAAGACGUGGAGACUUUUUCAUAAUUCUUGUUGUUUCCUUAGUGAAUUUAAGACUUGUAUGUGACUGAUUUACAACAGAAAGAAGGACAUUUUCAGCUUAAUUCACCUAACAUAGAAACUAGCUUAUCAUCCAAUACCUUUAAACUGAAAACAGCAUUAUAAACAAUAGUGUUUUUUCAGAGGUUCUAGAGUUUAUUUUUUUUUUCUUUUUACUUAAACGAAGAACAUUUGUUUGUAGAGUAUGCUUUGUGGUUAACCUUCCACGCCUGCUGUUCAGGUAGUUUUUCUUUAAAGACUUAAAUUCAGAAAUCCUUCUCCUCUCCUCAUCUCUAAGGCCUGUGUCUGGACGUGUAGUUGCAGAAACUCCACUGUGUCCAUGUUGAAUUGUAAAUAUGUUUAUUUGCUGUAUUUAUGUUCUAAUGCCGCGAUCAAUCCUUUUUUGGGUUGGUGUUAUUACGAAUGCGCUUCAUGUACUGAGCGCUUCGGAAAUGAUGACUUCUUACAAGUCUAAAUUGAAUAAACUGUUCUAUACCGUU